ACGAAUUUCAUUGGAACUUUCUACGGCCAGGAAAGACUGAUGUUUCCUGCUCCUCUGUCCGCGUACGGGCACUGAGGGGAUACACUCUGAGUCUGAGGGCUAUUUGGGGACUUUUGACUCAAGCGAAACCGGGGAAAUGUUAAAUGUACUGACAGUUUGAAUGCUGUAGAACCAAAUAUCCCCACUGGACCUACGGAAAUAGAUGAACACCGCGUCGAGAUACUGUAAGCAGUGACCCAGGAUGGGGAUGGGCCAGUUGUAUACUUGAAGUCUUAUUCUGAGGAGGACGCAUCAUUUUAUGGCCUUGCACCUUUGAAUGCCGACAGCUUCUAAGAUGGAGGAGCAACCCAGUCUCCCCAAUGUCAGCAUACCCUGCCACAACGAGCAGAGGGACAAGAAAAAGCGUUUCACAGUUUACAAAGUGAUAGUCAAUGUUGGACAGCAGGAAUGGUUUGUCUUCAGGCGUUAUGCAGAGUUUGAUAAACUUUACAACACAUUAAGGAAACAGUUUCCAUCUUUGAACUUAAAAAUUCCUGCCAAGAGGAUAUUUGGGGACAAUUUUGAACCCGAGUUCAUCAAGCAAAGAAGAGCAGGAUUGCAUGAGUUCAUCAAGCGAAUCGUCUCCCAUCCUCAGCUUUGCAACCAUCCAGAUGUGAGGACCUUUCUACAGAUGGACAAAAUGCAACACUUAUCCGAUGCCUCUGAGGAUGAAGAUGACAAAAACAACUCUACCUCCAGAAACAUUAACCUGGGACCCUCUGGAAAUCCACAUGCCAAGCCAACAGACUUUGACUUUUUAAAAGUCAUAGGAAAGGGCAGUUUUGGGAAGGUUUUUCUUGCAAAACGAAAACAUGAUGAAAAGUAUUAUGCAGUCAAGGUCUUACAGAAAAGGGUCAUUCUCAACAGAAAAGAGCAAAAACACAUCAUGGCAGAGCGCAACGUGCUGCUGAAGAAUGUGAAACACCCUUUCCUGGUUGGGCUUCAUUAUUCAUUCCAGACCACAGACAAGUUAUACUUCGUCCUUGAUUUCGUCAAUGGAGGAGAACUUUUUUUCCAUCUUCAAAGAGAGCGGACCUUUCCAGAGCCCAGAGCAAAAUUCUACAUUGCUGAAAUGGCAAGUGCACUGGGAUAUCUGCACUCUCUCAACAUUGUUUACAGAGACUUGAAGCCAGAAAACAUUCUCCUUGACCAUGAGGGGCAUAUCAUUUUGACAGACUUUGGAUUGUGCAAGGAAGGCAUUUCCCAGACAGACACCACCACUACAUUUUGUGGAACACCUGAGUAUUUAGCUCCAGAGGUCCUAAGGAAGCAGCCGUAUGAUAACACAGUAGAUUGGUGGUGUCUGGGUUCAGUGCUGUAUGAAAUGCUCUUUGGUCUGCCGCCAUUCUACAGCAGGGACACACACGAAAUGUAUGACAACAUCCUCCACAAGCCGUUGGCGAUGCGCCCUGGUGCGUCCAGCACAGCGUGGUCUCUCCUCCAGGGCCUGCUGGAGAAAGAUGGCCCACACAGACUGGGGUCUAGGGAUGACUUUAAUGAGAUCAAAGCACACAGCUUCUUCUCCUCCAUCAACUGGGAUGACCUUGUACAGAAGAAGAUCCCUCCCCCAUUUACACCCAAUGUGAGCUCUUACUGCGACAUCUCAAACUUCGAUCCUGAGUUCACAGAUGAGAUGGUCCCCAACUCUGUCUGCUGGUCUCAAGAUCAUUCCAUAGUCAACGCCAGUGUAAUGGAGGCAGACGAUGCCUUUGUGGGCUUCUCUUACGCCCCACCUUCUGAUGACUCCUUCCUAUGAAACAUUCCCAAUGAGGUCUUUAACUGCCUUAACCAUCUUAACGACUUUUGACUAAAGGGAAGAAUUUCUACCAUGGAUGAACUUGUUCUGUGAAGCCAAAGCAAGCAGCUGAGAAGAAACAGCACUUACAACAGAUUUUGGUUUGAACAGUGUGCCAGAAAAGUCUUUAUAUUUUACCAAUUUGUAUUUAUAUAAAUAUAUAUACAUAAGAGAUGAUAUUUUUAAGAAUUAAGGACAGACAUCCUCUAUUAAUAUAAUUUCUGGUGGUUUCAAAAGAGCCUUUAUAAAGCCUUAAAUUUGUCCCUUAAAUGAAAUCAAUAAGCAGUUUUCUGAAAAACUUGAAAGAAUUCACUGUCCAUGUAAUUACUGUACAAAUAAACUCAUGUAUCAUACAUUUGAUCUAAGCUGGAAAUAGGGAUUACUUGAGAGACCACUGAAUAAAGCAUCAUGGUUUAUAGGUCACAUUUGUAUAUUAAAAAAGUCUUCUACGUCUUAAGUUACCUUUCAGUUUUUCUUUGAGUUGUUUUUUUUUUUUAUUGGAUUGUUUGUGUUUAUUUUUUGCCUUAACUCAUUUGCAGAAAUUAGAAACCCACAAUGCUUUGCUUCGCCUGGCAACUAAGUAGGCCUUUUACUCCUGCACAGUAAUAAAAAAUAUCAAAGA